UGUUCCAGCUGUGAGCUGAUUUGUGGAUGUUCGGGGCAAACAGCGCGCAGUUGAAGUCAGCGGGUCUCUUCGACUCAGCAGCUGAUAAUCAUCCUUGCAUCUGCACCUUAGACCCACAGAAGCCCCCUUUGACAAGGGGACAGCGAGGAGCCAGGUCUGUGGAUGGGGGAGCACUGAUGCUGAGAGUGUGGGGACCCAUUCCGUGCGGAGACGCGCUUUGCGUAAAGGAAGAGAAAGUGACCUGCGGGCGGGGAAUGAAGGCGCAGGAGAAGAAGUCGUAGAGGAGCACAGAUCCUGUCCAGGCUGCAGCAUCGGUGGCGGCCCGGUGUAGAAGCGAGGACAAACAUGAAGUCCAGGAGUCACGAGCAGAGUUUGUCAGACUCCAGAGAGCUGGACCGAUCGUACGACCCGCUCACAGGUAAUCCUCCAUCCAAAUGCAAUAAGAAGACCAUAAAGCAGCGGCUCCUCAAACUGCUCCCCUGCUGUCGCUCUGGCUCCAGCACUUCAAGCAAUCAAAGAAGUAUCGCUGACGACGGCGAACUGUCCACAGUGUGCUACAGACCAGAGGGGCUCGACCGUCUCGUACAGCGGACCAACUUCAGCAAGAAGGAGCUGCAGGUCCUGUACCGGGGCUUCAAAAACGAGUGUCCCAGCGGGGUGGUGAACGAGGAGACCUUCAAAAGCAUCUACUCCCAGUUCUUCCCUCAGGGAGACUCCAGCAUGUACGCACAUUUCCUGUUUGAUGCCUUCGACACGCACAACAAUGGAUCGGUCACCUUUGAGGACUUUGUUAGAAGUCUGUCCAUCAUCUUGAGAGGCUCCACCACCGACAAGCUCAACUGGGCCUUUAAUAUGUAUGAUCUCAACAAGGACGGCUGCAUCAGCAGAGAGGAGAUGACAGACAUCAUGCACUCCAUCUACGACAUGAUGGGGAAGUUUACCUACCCCAACAUGGAGGACAGCGCUCCCAAUGAUCACGUCGACAAUUUCUUCCAGAAAAUGGACAAGAACAAUGACGGGGUGGUCACCGUCGAGGAGUUCCUGGACACGUGUCAAAAGGAUGAGAACAUCAUGCAGUCCAUGCACAUGUUUGAUAAUGUGAUCUGAAGCUCGUCGGACAUGGACGUGAAAUGUCACGCCCUGCCUGGAGCUCGUCUGUGCUGCUGUACAGCUCCUCUUCAGCCCGAGUGGGUGGUGUUUCAGGGUCUUAACACAGUGGCGACCUGAGGAUAUAUAUAUAUAUAUAUAUAUAUACACACACACACAUUUGUACCUCAAACCACCUUUUCUUGAAUUAUAAUGAGCAGAUUGGGCAGAGGGAAGCAGGCGAAUCUCGCUCUAAAAUGACCUGACUAAUGUGAAAUGUAAUUUUCUUUUUUUUUUUUUUAUUGAAAGCGAAGGAAAGGAAAAGUGGAUUUCACUAUUGACGUUUUAAGUUGCACAGAAACAGCUCAGCAACAAUAAGCAUCGACGAACAGAUGAAUGAAGAAAACAGCAGACAUGCACACCAGGCAACUGCCGUGUCAACUUCCUGUGACUUCACUCCGACGACGAUUAUUUCUCUAUAGCAAGUAUGAUCCACACGGGAGAGAGAGAGAGAGAGAGAGACUGGACGAGCUGACACGUGGAUCAAAUGACUCGUCAUUAUGUUGUAAAGUAUCACACACUUUCUAUACUCAGUUAUACUACAAUCAGUCUGAAUUCUAGCAAUGAUCUCAAAGUUAUGGAAUAUCCUCAGUGAUUUUAUGGCGCUCACCCCUCAUGUUUAUUACAUCACUGUAUAUUGUGUCUGCAUGAUGCGUCUCUUUUGACUGGCCAUUGAAAUGUCUGAUUAAAGUGUGAACAUAUUUUCUACAUGGACACGGUAACAACCGAGAUGAAAUUGAAUUAAACUGCAGAGUCGCUAUGCAAAAGCAAAUAAUCCAUGAAUUAUUGUACAACUGGAAUAUCACGUCACAGACCAAAAUCUUCGCUCUCUACAGGUUUUGUUUUUUUUCAGCCAGUGUUUUGCAACACUGGAGGGUUUUGCUUGUCAUGUUUUUGGUGACUAAUUAUUUUUACUAAUGAGAACAGCACGACCUCUUUAGUCAGCCUCAAGCGUGUCUGAAAAACAAACAAAUAUGGAAAUUUCAGCAACUGAAAGAGAUGCGGAGAAAUAAAGCUUUAAUUUUAUUUUCCCCAUUUAAAAGCAUGUGAAGGUCAAGCCAAUGUCCACCGGUGCCACAGAGGCUGCGUGGAGAACAGAAAGAGCUGGGGAGCCUUCUGAUGCUUUGAAGUGAGUUUUGGCUCCCAGUUGAAAAAAAAUUAUAAAAACAUCAAUUUGUCUUUCAGACAGAGCAGAAGCACAACAAAAAACUAAAAUCCUAAUCAAAAAGAUGGUUCGUGAUAGAGACAGACGUAAAGUAAGCUGCAAGGAACUGAUCUGUUUGACGGAUCAAUAAUAGAAAUAUCUCCAGGGAUGAGUCUGAAAAAUCUGCCCCCAUUAAACUGCAACAGCAAUCUGUUGAAAGCGGGGAUUGGGUGGAAGAGCCCCGGCAGAGACCGAACAGGACAGAACAAUGAACUUGCAACGGUUAGUUGAACUGUAGCUCAUCUCUUAGCAACAGAUGAACCCAAAAUAUAAUAGUUCCCUCUUAAAACUUGUACAUUCCUAACCCUGGUCUCAUUUGAAAGGGUACAUUUUGUCAGAAUGAGUAUAAUGGAUACAAAACCAAAGUUACAGAGGCACAAAUAGGUUUUUCUCUUCUUUUCCCCCCCUCCCUUUGUCAUAAAAAAGUGAAUUCAAGGCCUGUAGUAAGACUUUGGGUUGAAAAUUCUCUAGUCCAAACCAAUUGUGUGAACAGCAGUUGUAUUGCUACAGAGAGAGCUUUCAUACAAUUUACACUUUGCAUAAUCAUGGUUGUGCUUGAAGGCCACAGUGUUGUUGCUCCAGUGAGACGGUGUAUUUGUAAAGGUUAAAAACAUUUCAAAAACAUUGGACUCCUUGAUACGUUUCAUAUAUCCUUUAUUUUUAUUAAACAAAAUUUCAGUAAAAACUCUUAUUUAGUAGAAAGUCAAAUUUCCCUGUCAGUAGUUUGCUCUAGCUGUAGGGCCGUUCCCCAACUAUGUUAUCUUACGCGUCGACUAAUGAAUCAGUCGAUCUGUUAAACAAACGUAAAAACCCAUUAACCCACACUGUUGUUCUGCAAAGUAUUAUAGUCACAUGUCAUCUCUUGAGAUUCAGCUUCUAAUCAAUCUCUGUUAAUAUUCUGGUAAUGUCGGAUAAUUUGAAACCUUUCCCAGUAAAUAACUCAUAAAAGAUGUGAAACAAUUCUUAAAAAAACAAAAACGACCAACAUCUUGUUCACUCGCACUCCUAUUACUCCACGUCAGCUGAUUACAUUAGAGUGCUCUCAAAGGCCGAGCGACCUCCACAUCCCCUCGUUUAUUCACUCCUACCGGAUUGGUGGCGAGAGUAAGAACAAGUCUGUGCUGACAAAACUCUUCAGUGACACAGCGGGAGAGCGUUGACAGAAUAUAGUGUCAGAACUACAGCGUGGACAGCAGUGUCCGUUACAAAAGGCAUUAAGAAGGAAAGGAAGAGCGGUGAGCAGGUGCAUCGUGCACGUUGAGCCACCUCUGGCAGUGUUUGCACUAUUAUUCUCUUUUUUUUUUUUUCUUUUUUUUUUUUUUAAAAAGGAAGCUACAUGAUUAU